AUGAAUGGCGCCGCAUCUUCACCGAGGGUCAAGAGAAAGGCUCCGGGCUCGCCCGACCAAGCUCCUGCACCCAAGAGAGCCGUCAAUGGAAAACACUCUCCCAAUGACAACACUCCCGACAUUGUUGAAUUCGACGACCAGUCCGAUAUGACCGACGAUCUCCAUCCCCACGCUAUGUAUAUCGGAACGCCAGGGAGCUUGGGCGAGUGGCAGGAUACUAUCCAGAAAGUCGUUCGCAACGUUGUCGCGAUCAGGUUCUGCCAGACUUGCUCUUUCGAUACCGAUUCCGCCUUGACCAGCGAAGCUACAGGAUAUGUUGUUGAUUCUGAGAGAGGAUACAUCUUGACCAACCGUCACGUCGUUGGCGCUGGCCCCUUCUGGGGCCACUGUGUCUUCGACAACCAUGAGGAAGUCGACUGCUACCCCGUUUACCGCGACCCCGUUCACGAUUUUGGAAUUCUCCGAUACGACCCCAAGGCGAUCAAGUAUAUGCAUAUCGACGGCCUAGAAUUGCGACCCGAUCUCGCAAAGGUUGGUACCGAGAUUCGAGUUGUUGGUAACGAUGCAGGCGAAAAACUUAGUAUCCUGUCAGGCAUUAUCAGCCGUCUCGAUCGAAACGCCCCAGAAUACGGAGAGGGCUACAGCGACUUCAACACGUGCUACUACCAGGCCAACGCCGCCGCGAGUGGAGGAAGUUCUGGAAGUCCAGUCGUGAACAAGGAUGGUUGCGCUGUUGCACUUCAAGCUGGUGGCCGCUCUGAUGGAGCCUCGACCGAUUAUUUCCUUCCCCUGGACCGACCUCUGCGCGCCCUACAGUGCAUUCAGAGUGGCAAGCCCGUUACUCGUGGUGAUAUCCAGUGCCAAUUCCUCCUCAAGCCAUUCGACGAGUGCAGAAGGCUCGGCCUGAGCCCAGAAUGGGAGGCGGCCAUGCGCAAGCAAUUCCCCGAAGAAACCAACAUGCUGGUGGCCGAGAUUGUUCUCCCUCAGGGCCCUUCGGACAAGAAUAUUGAGGAGGGCGACGUCUUGAUCAAGAUCAACGGUGAACUUAUCACGCAAUUCAUCCGACUUGAUGAUAUCAUGGAUUCUAACGUCGACAAUACCAUCAAACUUCAUCUUCAGCGCGGUGGAGAGGACGUUGAGGUGGAAAUUAAGGUUGGCGAUCUUCACAAAAUUACCCCUGAUCGCUUUGUUUCGGCAGCAGGUGCCAGCUUCCACGAUCUGUCAUACCAGCAAGCAAGACUUUAUGCUGUCGCCGUAAAAGGUGUUUAUGUAUGCGAAUCGGCGGGCUCAUUCCGGUUCGACAACACAGACAAUGGUUGGAUUGUCCAGACGAUUGAUCACAAGAAGGUGCCAGACCUCGAGACGUUCAUCCAAGUGAUGAAGGCAAUUCCGGACCGCGCGAGAGUGGUUGUUACUUACAAACACCUCCGUGACUUACACACUCUCAAUACCACUGUAGCCUAUAUUGAUCGACACUGGGCUUCCAAGAUGAAGCUUGCAGUACGAAAUGAUGAGUCAGGGGUUUGGGAUUUUACUGACCUGGGAGACCCAUUGCCUCCUGUGGCACCUACUCGACGAUCUGCCUCCUUCAUACAACUGGAACAUAUGCCUCAUCCAGGCAUAGCAGACUUGAUCCGCAGCUUCGUCCACAUCAACUGUACUAUGCCACUGAAGCUUGAUGGCUUCCCCAAAAACCGACGUUGGGGCAUGGGUCUCGUGAUCGAUGCAGAGAAGGGUCUUGUUUUGAUCUCCAGGGCUAUUGUCCCUUACGACCUUUGCGAUAUUACUGUCACUAUUGCUGACUCCAUCAUUGUCGAAGGCAAAGUGGUUUUCUUACAUCCCCUUCAAAACUACGCCAUUAUCCAGUACGACCCGUCGCUCGUUGAUGCGCCUGUCAAGAGCGCUCGAUUAAGCAACGAAAUUCUCACACAGGGUGCUAAGACUUACUUCCUUGGCUACAACAGAAUCGGGCGCGUUGUGCAUGGCUCUACCAGCGUGACUGAGAUCACGGCGGUAGCUAUCCCUGCUAACUCAGGUGCUCCUCGUUACCGCGCUGUCAACGUUGAUGCUAUCACGAUCGACAGCAACCUCGGUUCGACUUGUAACAGUGGUGUUCUUGUCGCACCCGAUGGAACAGUCCAGGCUCUUUGGUUGUCGUAUCUAGGAGAACGAUCUCCGCAUACCUCACGCGACGAAGAGUACUACCUUGGUCUAGGCACCAAGACUUUGCUCCCUGUUGUAGAAUCGGUUCAGAAGGGCGUCAACCCCAAGCUCCGCAUGUUAUCGGUCGAGUUCAGAUCGGUCCAGAUGUCUCAGGCAUCAGUCAUGGGCGUAUCAGAUGAAUGGAUCAAGAAGGUCACCCAGGCCAACCCAUCACAUCACCAGCUGUUUAUGGUUAGCAAAAGAACGUUCGAGCGUGUCAACCAUCCAGUGUCCUUGCUUGAGGGCGACAUCAUCCUCACCCUCAAUGGCAAGAUUUGCACUACGAUUUCCGACUUUGACUUAAUGUACUCACGUGAACUGCUCGAUGCGGUUAUUGUUCGUGAAUGCGAAGAAGUCCACCUGCAGCUCCCCACCGUGGCAGCAGACGAUAUGGAGACGGAUCAUGCUGUUUCUUUCUGUGGUGCUAUCCUUCACCGACCUCACCAGGCCGUUCGGCAACAAAUCAGUAAGCUCCAUAGCGAGGUUUAUGUUUCUAGUCGUAUCCGCGGAUCUCCGGCCUAUCAGUAUGGUGUAGCACCAACCAACUUUAUUACUCACGUGAACGGCACUCCUACACCCGAUCUCAACUCUUUCAUUGCUGCGACCCGAGAGAUCCCCGAUAACACAUAUUUCCGCCUCAAGGCAGUGACAUUUGACUGCGUGCCGUGGGUGAUCACCAUGAAGAAGAAUGAUCACUACUUCCCAACCAUGGAAUGGAUCAAGGACGAUAAGGAGGCUUGUGGAUGGCGAAGAGUUACGUACGAAGACGGCGCUGUGUUCAAGGGAGAGGGUCCUGAUGGUGUGGCUCCAGUUGCGGAGGAUGCUGAAAUGGAGUAG